UCGGAACAAUAAUGCCAUUGACAUCGGCCGCCUCAAGCUCCGCUCUAUACGACCAUUGAUGCGAAUUCGAAUGCGAAUGCUUGAUGAUCCGAGUGCGACGCGACUGUCUGCGCGCCGCUCGUCAGCAAUGGAGUGCUCAAGUGCAGGUGCUACAUCAAAGCCGAUCAUUCGGCCGUCCGCAGGGGGACGCGUCCCAGGCAGCCGAAAGCCAAGGUGACAGAGACAGAACACAGCCAGCGCGAGCACGCUUCUCACCAUUGCCACGUGAAGCUGCCCCAAAAGCCUCAUCAGAAGAGCCAGCGAAAGAGUCAACCCCCCAACAAGAUGCCAAGAAGCCCUCUCUCAUCGAACAGCUCUUUCCCGAGGAAUCAAAGAAGUACGAAGAGAAGGUUUCACGAGAAAUACCACGCCUGCCGCUUGACAUCGGUGAAUCUCCACAAAUCGCUCCUGCAGCCACUCCUUUCUCCCGCGAAGACGGCAAGAACACAUUACCGAAAAGGGACCCGGACGCCGUGAAAGCGGCAUCACGACCAAACACAUCUGUCCUGGAGCUGCGCAAUGCCAGCAAGAAUCUCACAGAGGAGGACUUCCGUCGCCUGAUUCCGCAGGGCAAGCAUAUCGAAGGCUGGACGCUGAAGGAGGGCGACAUCCAGAAGGUGAUACCUUGCCGGGAUCUAGAGACACUCGCCCAUAGGUGUAUAUACUACAUCCUGUUCUCGUCUGUGCUAAGUGCGUUUACCUACAAAGCGCAUGUCCAGCGCAUCCAUCGAUUCGCAGCGCUGUUCACUCCCAGCAACACCGCUAGCCCCAUACCAGCCCCGCCGGGAUGGAUGGUUGAAGGCAUUGACGUGCAAUCAGCCAUUCAGGCCUUUGCGCUAGUGCCUCCGAACCAGAAGCUCGAGCUGCGCCAGCUGCAGCCACCUUUGACGCCCAUGAUUUCUUCCAUUUUCAAUAAUGAAGGUUAUCGGCCACUGGUUAAGCGUGAAGACAGAAUGCCAUACGAGGCUCGUCUGACCAUGGAGGGGCCUCAGCUGCAGCCGAGUGUAAUCAGACACAUCAUGAUGGAUGAUGGCAAGAAACGAGGUCUGAGUUGGUCUGGGGGUGACAAUUUCGACCUAAAGAUUACGAGGUGGGAAUUGGACAUGGAUAGCGUUCCUUCGGAGUACGACAGAAGCGAGCGGGCAGCGCGUUGGGUGGAGCGACAGGAGCUGGGUGAAGACAUACCAGACCCGGCGGCUUCUUCGCCGACUUUUGAAGCAGAACCAAAAGCCAAAGAACCGCCGAGACGUACACCUGGGAAUGUCUUUAUCAUUGGCUUCCAUACGGAAAAUGCUGCUCAAAGCUUCAUUGCCCACUGGCACAGACGACCACUACGCCGGCCUGGUGCCUCGGAGGCUGAUGCGAUGGAAGAGGAUGGAGACCUUCCACCCAUAGCGAAUUUGGAAAUACUUUGGUAGAUGCAUGAUCGAAGGAUCACAAUAGAAACCUUUGUGCUCCGCCUAUCGACAUGGGAGAUGACACCUCCCUGUCAAAGGUCGGCUUCGUGGAUC